AUGCUGAAUGCGCAGGACCUGUCCAACACCUUGUGGGCCAUGGCCAAGUUGGAAAUGGCUCAUUUGCCGCUUUUAGAUGCUGUCACUGCUGAAUCGAUGAAGAAAAUCGACGAAUUCAACCCGCAGAGCAUUUCCAACUCGGGUUGGGCUUUGGCCACACUCUUGCUGGAUGGUCAGCCUGUCAUGGCUUCUUUGGCGGCUGCCGCCUUGGAGAAGCUCCCAAGAUUCGAGAGGCAGUCCAUCUCCAACUUCAUUUGGUCCUGUGCCAAGCUUCAGCACAAAGACGAGGAACUCAUCGAAGCGGUGGCCGUGGCAGCAGUGGAGGGCAUCUCUACCUUCGAUCCGCAGGCUUUGUCCAACACGCUCUGGUCUUUCGCGAAUUUGGAGUGUUGGCAUCGGCCACUGAAGGAGGCGAUCUCCCAAGAGGUCCUACGCAUCCAGACAGAGCUGACGACUCAGGAGGUGACCAACAUCUGUUGGGCAUUGGCAAAGCUCUGGUGUCACGACAGCACCUUUCUGAAAGCUCUGGCGGCGCAGGCGAUGGAGCACGCCGAUGAAUUGAACAAGCAAGAAAUUUCUGUCAUGGCUUGGGCGUUUGCAACCCUCAACUUCCGGCAUCAAGCUCUUCUUGGAAGCCUUGGGAUGCAUGCCAUCAAGCGCAUGUCAGAAUUUGGCGAGCUGGAGAUUUCCAAUACAGCUUGGGCAUUUGCGCGCAUUGCUGUUCGCAACGACAGGUUGAUGAAUAGCAUCUCUGAUGCUUCCAUGGCUCGGGCACGCCCUGGAGCUGGUCCUGGAACAGUUGACAGCAUCGAGGGUUUGAAUCCAAAUGGAAUCUAUUCGAUCGUCUGGUCCUCUUGGCGGACUGGACGUGCGCAGCUCAUGGCUUCCCUCGCCAGGCAGCAGGAACGGCCCGACGCAGAUCCCGAGCCUUUGGUGCGUGGCCUCCUCCUAAUGGAGAGUGCUUGGCAGAAGGAUCAGCAGAGGGAGACCGAGGUAAUGAGCCUGCUUCUCGGGACAGGUGGGAAGGAUCCUGGACCACUGUCUGAGAGGUUUGAGUGCUUCUAG